AUCCAACACAAACCAACGGUAACACAAACAAAGACCAAUUCCAACGUUAAAUUAUUCAUCAUUUGACUCAAAAAAAAAAAAAAAAAAAAAAAAAACAUUGAGAACAAGAACAAAAAAACAUGACUUGUUCCGUCGCAGUUUCGAAUUCACCGGUGUUUUCACCAUCAUCAUCUCUUUUCUGCAACAAAUCUUCAAUCAAAUCUUCUUCUUCAUCUUCUGAAACACUAACGUUAUCUUUAUCUCAUCUUAAACCUAUUAACUCUUCUUCAAAUUCUUCUUGUUCUUCUCCUUCUCCUUGUUCUUCACCUUCUUCACCUUUUUGUCUUCGAUUACCGAAACUACCCUCGGUUUUUUCAUCCAAUAAUAACAAUAACUCUGCGUCUUCAAAUGAUGCUGUUUUGAAGAGGAAACGACCGACAAGGCUUGAUAUACCUGUUUGUUCUUCUCUUACUUUUGGUGUUCCGGCGAAUCCGUCUGCGGUGGCGCGUGAUGUUGUUGAAGCUGGGGGAGAUGGGUAUUCUGUUUAUUGUAAGAGAGGGAGGAGAGAGUAUAUGGAAGAUCGUUUUACUGCUGGAGAUAAUCUUCGCGGUGAAAAUAAUUUGGCUUUUUUUGGCGUAUUUGAUGGCCAUGGAGGUGCCAAAGCUGCUGAAUUUGCGGCAAAUAACUUAGAAAAGAACAUCUUGGAUGAGGUGAUCAUGAGUGAUGAAGAAGAUGUUGAGGAGGCUGUGAAGCGCGGUUACCUCAAUACCGAUUCUGAGUUCAUGAAAAAAGAUCUUCAUGGUGGAGCUUGUUCUGUAACAGCAUUGAUUAGGAAUGGUAACUUAAUUGUAUCUAACGCCGGUGAUUGCCGUGCUGUAAUUAGUAAAGGAGGGGUUGCAGAGGCCCUAACAUCUGAUCACCGACCUUCGAGGGAAGACGAAAGGGAUAGAAUUGAAACACUGGUAAAUUUUCUGACCAUUGCAGUGGUUUCUCUUUUUAUAUGCGGUUUAUUGAAAGUGAAACCAAUGUUUGAGUUUGGUUUUGUUGGUUCUUAUUCUUAUGUAUUGAAAUGGGUUUUGCAGGGUGGUUAUGUUGAUUUAUGUCGCGGUGUUUGGAGGAUUCAAGGAUCUCUUGCUGUAUCUAGAAGUAUCGGAGAUCGACACCUGAAACAAUGGGUGACAGCUGAGCCUGAGACUAAAGUUAUUAGAAUUGAACCUGAACAUGACUUGUUAAUAUUAGCUUCAGAUGGAUUAUGGGAUAAGGUUAGUAACCAGGAAGCAGUAGACACUGCUCUUCAAUUCUGCGUAGGAAACAACAAACAACAAGCAUUGUUAGCCUGUAAAAAGCUUGCAGAGUUGGCUGUUUCGCGCGGCUCAUUGGAUGACACAAGUGUUAUGCUGAUCAAAUUGAAACAAUAUAUUUAAAUCUUCAUUAGUAGAAGAGAAGAAGGUGGUGACUGAUGAUUAGGGAUUAGCUUAUUCUUUUAUGUAUAUAAUAUAAUGAUUAUCAUUAAUUUAUUAAUUAUUUAUUAUAUCUAACGACAUUUAUUGGUGAUUUUUUGUACCCGUAGAUGGGGAGUAGUAGAGAUUAACAAUGUUUAGCAAUUUAUUUUACUAGGAUAUUUAUGAAAUAAUCAUGUAAUAACUCUAUAGAUUAUUGUUUUGGUAAUUAAAUUCAUUUAUUCUUUUAUAUACUUGA